AUGGCAGCUUCCAGUGACCCCGAUUGGGUUGAAAAUCCCUUGUUCGAAGACUCCGAAGAGAACGCCGCAGAAUUCGGAGAGAACACCGCGGUGUCGAAGCUCCAUGGUCUGACUGAGCGUCGAAGAAUCAACAACCAGUAUAUCACAUGCAUACUUGGAGAGCAUGGCGCGGGAAAGACUAAGCUUGCUUACCAAUAG